UUUUCUUUUUCGAAACAGCAAAACCUCUACCCCGGUUUCAUGACUCACUCCCAGUGACGUAGGGAACAUUGAAGAAUCAGCCAACCUCGUACAAAUCGCUGGUACCAAAUCUCCAAUUCUUCAGUGUAGUUCGAUUCUUUCUUUCACCAUCUGACAUCUGUUUCUACAUUUCUUCCUUCCCCCGUCCCCCUACCUCACGGAAAUGCAAGUUUAUGUUCGAUUUUCUCCAAUUUAAUCUGGAAUUUGUGAAUUUUUUGGGGCUUUCUACUGUUAAAUAAUUGGAUGUGUUGUCUUUUUCGGAUUUUCUGGGCCGUUAAAAUUGGCUUAUGGUGAUUGUGUUUGAAUUCUUUUCAAUUUUGUUUUUAUUUGUUGCUUGGCUAUUUUGAAUUUGGGCCGUAGUGCAUGCAGAACGAAUAAUUUCUUUUCAUUUAUUGCAAGAAAAAACAUAAUAUAAUUGCAAAGCUUAUUACUAAUUGCUCCUGAGCUAUCGAGUAACUGUGCUGGUAGGAGGUAGCAGGCACUUGUGAAAUUAAGGUGCGAUCAAGCUGGUGAAAUUAAGGUGCGAUCAAGCUGGCUGGACACCACGGUUAUUAAAAAAAGCGUGUUACUAAUUGCUUUGAAUGUGAGUGUGUAGAAGAGCAAUGGAAGGGACAGAUCAAAUUUCGGAACUGCCAGUGUCGAUUUUGGAGCACAUUCAGUCUUUACUUGUUGUUAAAGAUGCUCUGAACACUAGUACAUUGUCCAAGGCUUGGAACAGUGCUUGGGCUUCCCUCUCCUGCUUAAAUUUUGGUGAUGAUAUUUUCAGCAAGUCAAAAAACAUUGUGAGUCAAAUUCUAGCAGAUCGGCAAAAGCAGAACAUCUCUAUACAAAGGUUCAUGGUAAAGUUACCAUAUGCUUCGUUAACCUCUAAUUACGUGGAUAAUUGGAUUAAUAUACUGGUAGCCUGUAAUAUCAAAGAGUUGUCUAUAGAGGUUGAACGCACACACACUUACAUCAAGUUGCCUGAAGCAAUCUUCGCUUCCAAAUCUCUAAACGUGCUUCGUUUAGGCGGAUUUAAUCUCGAACUACCCUCUAAUGGCAUAAAAUUUUCAUCUUUGCGAGAGUUAUACCUUGCUGACUCGUUUUUGGACGAGCAAUUACUUCAAGCUCUAUGCGCAAGCUGUAGCAAUUUAGAAGUUUUGUCUUUAAGUGGAUUUCAUGGACCAAUCAGUUUACAAGUAGCAGGAACUUUACCUAAACUAAGGGCGGUAUAUUUGGAAGAUUGCCCAGAUCAAUUUCAGAUGGUUGAUAUUGCAGCACCUAAUCUUAAAGACCUUGAAAUUAGCUCAUUUUGUGAGGACCUACAUGUAAUUAAGAUAACUGCUUGCAAAUCCCUAAAGCAUUUGGAGCUCUUGACUGUUGAGGCUGUCACUGACCAAUGGUUAGAGGAGCUUCUUCCAAAUAUACCCAACCUUGAAAUCUUUCACUUAUCUUGUUGCUCGUCGUUGAAGACCGUGAAUAUCUCAAGUGAUCGGCUCAAGUAUUUCCAAGUAACUGCGUGCAAUAAUCUGAUUGAGGUUGAUCUAGAUACUCCUAACUUACUAGGAUUCUUAUGUGAUGUUCGUUAUGGAGAAGAUACUGUUGAUCCCUUGCCCACAUUCAAUCUGAAAGCUUCAAGUCUGCUGGAAGCUUGUCUCUGUUUGAUCCCAGAAACCCUUGACAAUCCUUGGUACUCUAAGCUGAUAAAGUCUCUUGGUAACUUUAAUCAUUGCAAUGCUAUCACUCUAUGCUGUGAGAAUGACAAGGAGAUAGUUAUACCAAAAGACAUGAGAGAGAACUUGCUUCCUCCACUUUAUGAUGCUAAGUGUUUGCGUGUAACAAUUAUGAAUCCAUUGAAUCAUUCAGUUGUGGACGUUGUGGAUAGUUUGCUUUGGAUUUCUCCUCAACUGGACAGCCUAUAUUUUGGCUGCGGGACUGAAGACUUAAAGACCCUGAAGUUUACAUACAGAGAUGCAGCUGAUGAUGAAGAUGAGAAACCUUGUUGUGCAUCGCUGCCUUGGAAAUGUUGGAGGCAUGAGCUAAAGAAAGUUAAAUUGAACAACUUUACAUGUAUGGAGCUGCAGGAGUUGAGAAACUACCUUCUCACAGAUACAGACAUUUUGGAGGAAAUAUUUGAAGUUCCACCAUAAAGGAGCCUUCUCCCUAAUACAGAUAUAUUGGAGAAGAUAAUUGAAGAUCCACCAUAAUUGAGCCUUCGUACUUCAUUUAAGUAGAUUUCCUUUAACUAAAGUUUCCAUGGUUCCUUCUGUGUAGUUGCGUCUAGCUCAUGUUAUGCUUUGAGUAAAUUAGUUCAUGACCUUUUUUGCUGAUGUCUUAUGUACUUGUCGAUGAUGGGCAAUCUCAUGUUGGACUUGGACAUUUGUCUGCCA